AUGAACAUCCCCGCUUCUCCUAAAUCUGCUAAUUUCUUUAUUCCAGAUGGUGUACUUUAUCUAAAGGACUACGGCUACGGCUACUUUGAUGACGCAGGCAAUUGGGUUUACUGGUAUCCAGAUGAUUUCGAUUUUCAUUUUGAUAAAGAGAUACGCGAAGACGGAUUAGAGAUGCAUAAAGAUGAACCAGAGAUGCGUGGAGAUGCACCUCUUCACGAUGACAUACCCUUUAAUUCUACCCACCAUGACCAAUUUCUAGCCGAUUCUGCUUAUUUUCAAGGGAAUAAUGGGGAUAAUGACCUUGAACAAACUCAGGAGCCUUUUGAGCAGCUCGUUGGUGUAGAUGAUCCAUGGCAGCAGGAGGAGUAUCAGCAGCAACAGCAGCAACAGCAACCACAGUAUACGCCAUCUUAUCUCUAUCAACAGCCAACGCAGGAGCAUUAUCUUACGGCUCAACAGCAACCAGCUUAUCCAGAGCAACCAGCGUACUCAGAGCAGCCAUUAUACUCAGAGCAAUCAGUAUACGUUCCACCUGCUCAACAAGCCACUCAAACCACUCAACAUGCCACUCAGCAAGCCACUCAACAACCCCCAGUACAAUCACUCUAUUCCACGCCUACGCAGCCACCGCCAAAACAAUCAGGAUACUCUCCACCACCACCAGCAGCUCCAACUGCCCCACCUGUGCACCCUCAGUCCAUCUACUCCCCACCAGCAAUCACUCAACAGCCCGAGCAACUUUAUGAGCAAUUUUCUGGGCAGAUUGCCGAGCGGGGCUCUGAGCAACAGUCUGAUUUGUAUUCUGAACAACACUCUGCUUACACUACUCCUGCUCCUGCUCUUUCACCAGCAGCCGUACCUGUUCAACAGCAGUAUGAUCCAAGUCUUGCGACCAAUCAACAACAGUAUGAGCCACGAUCUAACUGUCAAACACCCCACCCCACCCAAGACACCUUCUCAAACGCCCCAAUAGUCUCUUUCGGUUUUGGUGGCAAACUGGUUAUCCACAACCCCUCAACUCCCAUAGCAUCACCCUUCACUCCCUCAACAUUGGGCAUGUCUCAGCCAACUCCGUCUACUGUCAACAUUGCCGAAUUGGCCAGCGUACUACCCCCAGACCUCUCACCACCAUUCCCAGGCCCACUCUUGGGCAAUUCCCAUACCACCAAGUCCCAAGUUCUGCGAUACCUCGAUAACAAGAUAAGCACUGGAGCAACGUAUCCGAAAAUGGCUCUGCUGAAGGUGCUUAGGGUAAUGCUCAUCCAUGAUGGUAUUUUGAGCUCCCGCCAAAGUGAAGAAAUACGUGAUGCACUCAUCUCGGACGACAUUAACGCGCACUCCCACAAACGCGCUCCAUCUGGUCUCCAAAUCACUGUGCCUGCCGACGAGACGUCCCCACACAUGAAGCCUUUCCCGUCAUCGCAGACCCCCUAUGCUGUUGAAGACAGUGCGGACAUUGUAGCGACGUACUGCACGACGACGGGCCAUCUCGGUGCAAUCCAACAAUUCCUCGUGAAGGGGGCCAAGCGCGAAGCGGUCAUGUAUGCACUCGAGCACAAGCUAUGGUCGCAUGCUCUGCUCAUUUCUUCAUGCGUCGACAGACAGCUGUGGUCGGAGGUUGUGAGUGCGUUGAUAGCGUAUGAGUUGCCAAGCAGCAGUGGCAGUGGCAACGAUAACACAGGCAGCACCCACAACACCAAAAACUGGGACAGCUUGCGCGUUGCAUACGGUCUCUUUGCAGGUACGCUCAGGAGCACAAACACACCGAGUGACACGCGCAACUGGAGCGCGACGGCCGCGACGCUCGUCUCCAAUCUAGACAAUAGCGAUGCACAACACGCGCUGUCCGAGCUAGGUGACAGGCUUGCGGAGGUGGGUGAAGUGGAUGGCGCGCACACGGUCUACAUACUUGCGCAGAGUGUGGACAAAGUGCGUCUCAAUUUGGUGGGGUGCGCACAUAACGCUUACUCAGACGAGUCGUGCGAAAUGAGCGAGAUUCUCGAGUACGCUCUCAGCCUCAAUCCGCAUAUGAAGGCGCAUGUGAAGCGCGGCGAGUACAGCGGUAUGCCACACUUGCAGAUUUACAAACUCGUACAUGCUUGGCAUCUCGCCGAAGCUGGUCGACUUCAUGAUGCGAAUAGGUACUGUGAAGCAAUAGCAACAUCUAUCAAAAUGUCCAAGCAACUCCAAUACCACCCCAACAUUUAUAUCCAGCUAAAGGAACUGAGCGACAGACUAGCAGCGCAUCUGCACACAGCGGACAAAUCGUGGCUAACAAAGAAAAUAGCUCGUCCUUCUCUAGACACAUUGUGGAAUAGCAUGGAGGGGAAGCUGACCAAAUUUAUAGCUGGGAAUGACGAAGAGGGCGAGAAUGCUAUAACAACGCACGCACAGAAAACUACCCAGGAUGACCCCUUCGCUACGUUUACCAGCAUAGACGAGUCUUCGACGAACGGUCGACUCAGUCGCGCAGUCUCGGCUUUUGAUUUACCCAAUUAUAGUAAUGCUGCUGGUGAAAACGCGGGUGCGGGUAUGAGUGAGGGUAUGAGCUUGCUCGAUAGACGCGCCUCACACAGCCCGUCAUACCUCACUCCUGGCAUUGCUAGCGGUGCAGCCGGUGCACGCAGUGCGCUUGGACAACCUCGAGCUGCGAGUGCAAUGGGUGGAUUAGGUGGUGUGGCCACUGCCAAUGCCAAUACCAUCGCCAACGGGCUAGGUAACAUGCACAACCUCCUGCGCGACCUUCCUUCACCAAUGGAGGGUGAAGAUAGAGAGGGCUUUACUCGUGCAGCUGUAACGCCGCCCUUUAGCGAUGAAUUUAAUGGGGUUGGGGUGGCACAAGAUGGAGAGAUGCUUGGUAAAGAUUUGCAGAAUGUGCAAAUGCCGCUGCAAACGUCAAUGCAACCACAUCCUGCCACUCAACAGAUGCAACCACCCCCACCUCCGCCUCCUGCGCAAAUGCAACCACCACCACCACCACCACUUGCUCAACCAGUGCGGAAUGUUUCACCAGCGCAGCAACAGUCACAAUCACAAUCACAGUCGCAGCUAAAGCCUCACCCCCAGCCCCCUUCAUCACACUCUCAACCCCCACCACCACCUGCUCAACCAGCUAUAACAUCGCCAUUCGGUCAUUCGACAAGUGCGAGUGAAGACUUUAAUGCGCCUGAAGAACUGGAUGAAAGUGAGGGAGGAAAUUUCGUCUCGCUUAUGGAUUCGAUGGAUGUUCCAAUCCCGACAACGACGACAGAGAAUUCAAAUGCAAAUGCGUACAUCAGUCCUCGCGUAAUUGAUGAAAUAGACGAGGCGGAUGAAUUGGAAGAUGACCUCGGUUUCGGCAACAGUUCGACCAAGAAAGCGAAAGAGAUGAGAGAGAAGGAUAAUGAGGGGCAUCAUGGAGAAGAAGAGAAAACUGCGGCAACAUAUCAACCUCCACCGCCACCACCACCUGCACCUGCACCCGGUAAACAAGAGAAGUCGGGGUGGUUUUCGCGCUCGACGACUCCCGCCAGCACGCCUCGGAUGGAUGAGAAGAUGGAGAAAGAGGGAGAAAAUAAAGAGAGCAAGGGAAGGCAGGAGAAGCGACCAGAACUCAAACAAUCAGUUUCAUCGAGUUGGCUGAGCAGGUGGUGGAAGAAGGAUGAGCAGAAUACAAACCAAGGAGGAGGGCCAGUAAAGGCAAAGCUGGGUGAGCAGUCUUCGUUUUACUACGAUCCUGAUCAGAAGCGCUGGGUGAAUAAGGCGAAUGAGAGUGGGAGUGAAGGUGGGACUGCUGCGUCGCCUAGGAUGCCACCGCCACCUCCACGCUCUAGCACUGUGUCGCCGGGAUUGGCUGGGACGCGGGGAGCGAGUGCGCUGAAAAACAGCGUGAGUAUGGAUCUUAAGGGAGAGAGUGGGAGUGGGAGUGGAGCGGGUGUAAUGCCGCCGCCACCACCACGACCACUAAGUACGGCAAUUACUGGAACACCCGCUGGAACACCUGCUGGAACACCACCUACACCAAAUGCACCACAACCAACACAACCAAUACAACGAAAAGGGAAGAAAGCAGCACGCAAUAAAUACGUAGCAGUAAAUAUGUAA